GCAAAGGCAUAGCUCUCGAGAACCUCUGCCCUACAUGUGGAUUAUUUGUGACAUCCUCCCAGAUGUUGGGUUAUCAGGGCGCACUGCUCAACAUUUAUGCACAAUACUUUUUAUUUGUUGCGUGCUUCCACAGUUAGGAAGUUUUCUUUUCAUGGCUAAAACCCGGAGAAGUUUUCAUUUCUGCGAUGAAUGGAUACUUGCCUCCAUAUUUCGACAUCUGCGCAUUAAAAUCUGAUGUAAGAUGAAAAAAUGAAGAAGAAAAGAGUGAGUUUUUCUGUUUCCACUGUGCCACUACUCUGAACGCAUGGCACGGAUGAGGCAACGCUAACGACAUCAGACAUCAGAGGGUGCAAAUAAAAUAUGAUAAAAGUGACUAAAAGUUAUGGAGCUCUCGGGUCAAGUCGAGCCAACUCAGCCGGUCAACACCACAAACGACAGUUUUACUACAAAUUCAUCCAUUGUGGAUGAGAGCGCAGAGAGUCUCGCCUAUCAGAUCAGCUUGGCUGUGAUUCUCUCGAUUAUCACACUCGCCACCACUUUAUCCAAUGCCUUUGUCAUCGCAACGAUUUCCCAGUCGAAGAAGCUGCAAACUCCCGCAAACUUUCUGAUCGCCUCUCUGGCCGUCACUGACCUGCUGGUGUCUAUCCUAGUGAUGCCCAUCUGCGUCCUGUACACCGUGAUCCACACUUGGACGCUCGGACAAAUAGUUUGCGACAUCUGGCUCUCCUCGGACAUAACGUGUUGCACUGCGUCCAUCCUCCAUCUGUGCGUAAUCGCUUUGGAUAGGUACUGGGCCAUCACUGACGCAGUGGAGUACUCUAAAAAGCGCACAACGGGAAGAGCGGCAGGGAUGGUGGCCACAGCCUGGGUCAUCGCCAUCUCCAUCUCCCUCCCGCCUCUCUUCUGGAGACAGGUGAAAGCGGAUGAAUUAACAAGCUGUAGCGUCAACACAGAUCACAUUUUCUACACCAUUUACUCCACUUUUGGGGCUUUCUACAUCCCAACCUUGCUCCUCAUUGUCCUCUACGGACGGAUAUACGUGGAGGCUCGGAAAAGGAUCCUGAAGCAGUCCCCGAAGAAGGUUGGGAAGAGACUAACAUCGGCUCACCUGGUCUCCAACUCCCCUGGGUCCGCGGCGUCCACUAGCUCUCUGCAGUGCGGGAGACACGACGCUCCGUCCAGCGACACCGGGUCUUCAACGAGCGAGAACCAGGUGAAAGUGACGUUGUCCGAUGCGGUUUUGGAGAAAAAGAGAAUUUCAGCAGCAAGAGAACGAAAAGCGACGAAGACUCUGGGGAUAAUCCUCGGCGCUUAUAUUAUUUGCUGGCUUCCGUUUUUCAUCUACACGUUGCUGGUGGCAACAUGUGACACAUGUUUUAACCCCGAGUUAUUUGACUUUUUCACCUGGCUGGGAUAUCUCAAUUCCCUCAUCAACCCGAUCAUAUACACCAUGUCAAACGAGGACUUCAAAAAAGCUUUUCACAAACUCACGCGCUUCAGAUGUUGCAGGCUGUGAGCUGCAGCACCUCCGGUUACUGACAACUUUUGUUUAUGUGUCUAUUUUCUUAUAUGAACUUCUGAAACAAGAAUCCUUCAAAUAAUAAGCUCUCUGUGACUCACAGGCAUUAUGAGGAUGUGAAAAUGGGACUUUUUUCAUUUGAAUCGGGAUGGAGAUGAAAAAAAAUGCCAGUUUUAUUGAACAAAAAAAGAAAAAGUGGUGAGAAAUUGUUCUACAUAAAAGGCAUAGUUGUAAAAAAUAUUUCCAUUAUCUAAAUACAUUAAAAAAAAAUUCUAAUUCAAUGAAGCCAUGAUGAGGAGAAAUGCCAAUUUAGAAAAAAGUAAAAAAAAAAAAAAGAAGCUUGUUUUUAUUUACAAAAGACCUGAUUUAGUAUUUAAUACAAAGAGAAAUCAUUUGUGAAGAUAGGCAUUUUGCACAUUGAGGGUGGUGGUGGGAAACUUCUAAUUUUUUUGACACUGCUUCACUUUAACCUUUCACAUAUCAGUUAAGUGAUGGAUUAUUCUGUGUGGAUUCCUAUUUGGCUGGUAAAGUAUGUUAAUGCAGUGCAUAGCACUUACUCCCAUGAUGCCUGACCCAUUAAUGUGAAUAAGCAGCAGAAAUCAGGAGCAACAGACAUGAUUUUGAAUUCAUAAAUACCUUUUGGAUAAAUGACCCUGGAUAAUUUUUUUUGGGAUUAUGUGAAUACCUGAAAGCAAGGUUGCCGGUUCAGUUAUAUGUCUAUGUAUGCUGAAAAUAACCAUAGGUUUAUAUUUUGAUCAUAGUCUUGGGCCGCUCGAUGCUGUGGUUAUCUUUGUUUAGAAAGGCACACCCAUGCAGUUGAAAGGAAGAGUGAGAAGUCUGCUUUCCUUCUGGGGCUUUAAGAAAAGCUUCAUCUGCAGCUGAUAUUAAUGCAGCAAAGCUGAUGAUCACUCAUAAUAAAUUCAAUUCUGCUGAACAAACUUAAUCUUGUUUAACUGUGCAUGGGUGGGCCUGUUUUCUGCCACAUUCAGUCUGUUUCUUCAGUAUGUCCUGUUCGUGUGUCACAUGGUUUCCCCAUCUUAUGGCCGCAUAGAGUGAUCUGAAUUGUAGAAUCUGGCUUGCAGAGCUACAUAAAAAAUGCUGAAGAUCUGCCAGCAUAAAAUGAAAACAAAGUUUGUUGCUCUAGUAUUUGUUCUCAUUCAG